GCGGCGUCGGCGGCGAGCUGAGGUGGAGGGAGGCUGCGGCGGCGACCGACACAGUGGCGGCGACGCCAUGGCAGGGCUCGCAGGAUCCCUGCUGCCUUGGUGACCCCAGGCUGACAGCCAGAGAGCACAGCGGCUCAGCUCCUGGAGAGUGAGGGCUGAAGAAAGCGGAGGGCAGCCGCCUGCGCCCGCUGACUCCCAUUGGGCCGGUUCCUGCAGCGGUGCCCGGCAGCCUUGGCGAGGUCCUGCCCAGCAGAGAUCAUGUAUUGCCUCCAGUGGCUGCUGCCCGUCCUCCUCAUCCCCAAGCCCCUCAACCCCGCCCUGUGGUUCAGCCACUCCAUGUUCAUGGGCUUCUACCUGCUCAGCUUCCUCCUGGAGCGGAAGCCUUGCACAAUUUGUGCCUUGGUCUUCCUAGCAGCCCUGUUCCUCAUCUGCUAUAGUUGCUGGGGAAACUGUUUCCUGUACCACUGCUCCGAUUCCCCGCUUCCGGAAUCAGCACACGACCCCGGCGUGGUGGGCACCUAACAGCCGCCCGUUAGCUCUCCGAGGAAGCAGAAGACGGGAGGGGAGGCAUUGGCGUGGGUCAUAAAGCAUUGGAGUUCCGAAUCCCGCAGCCCCGCGGGUGCUACAUUCCUGACGGCGCCUUGUUGGCCUGUGAUGUUUUAUCCUUAUAAUGUGAAUAAUGGCACUGCCCGGUGCUUUUAUUGUAGAGUCCUAUAGUUGUGGGUGGUCUUGUGUUUGUGUGUGUUCUGUCCCCACCUUGGUCCCAGCUGGCGGGAUGGCCACCCCCCUUGCCUCAUUACUGCGAGGAAUCUGUGCCCAUCCUGGUCAACCGCCCCAGCACGACCUGGGCAGAUAAAAUGCCAGACUCACCGUCCCCCCAGUGACGCCCCCCCGUCCAACCCCACCUGUCAGGGUCUCCUUCCUUCCCAAGGUGUUACUGUGACCCUGCAGUCCCUCUCCUGGCUUCCCUUUAGUUCUCCUCUGCCCCUCUCCUUUUUGGGGGAGCACCUGUCCACGACAGGGCUCGUCUUUGCACUUAUCUCGAACUUGAAGAGAUUGCUGACGCCCGAGAGCCUCGCUUUUCCAUCCCCCCUUCCCUGUUGGCAGGCCAGACAGAAACCUGUCUUGACUGUGUCCCGAAGUCUCCAGUAUUUUCCCCCCACUUCAUUUUUAAGGAAGUAGCAGCAGAGAGAUGUUGCUCUUCACCUGGCGUCUGGGCUCAUGCUUUCCCGCCCAGCCUGCCUUCCCCCUUGCCCUGCCUCCUGCCUUUCUCAGCCAUCCCCAGGAGGGGGGCCUCACUCAUCGUGUGUCCCAUGCAUGCUCCGCGGGACUGAGAUAUGGCGUGUUCGUGUAGAUCUAGCAGUCCUCAGCGAGUGAAUGAGCGAGCACGUGUGUGUUUGAUAGCAGCCACGACACGAUCCCCUGGAUAGGUGUUUGGCUAUUUCUUGGUGUGCCGUGAGUGUGUGUGUGUGUGUGUGCGCGCGCACGCACACGCGUGUGGACGUAUGCAUACAGGUGCACGUGUACUUCCUUUUGAAGAAGCUUUACCGAACGUGUUCUGAUUUCGAGGUUUAGCAGUAGCUAGCUGUAUUAGUGCCACUGCAGUAUUUCUUUAGCAUGGGGAUUGCCGAGUGACCAGCACGCUGGACUCCGAGGUGUUCAGACAAGACGCAGGGGAGCAGUGGCCGUCGUCCUCCAGGCCAGGAGCCUCUUCAUCCCUGCGCGUGUGGACUGCAUGAUGAAGAAUCCACAGGAGGACUUUGUGACUGUCAUUUGCUGCUUUCUUUUUCUGCGCUUCCAUAACAAGUGUUGGCCAAUGGGACUUUUCUUCCGGCCGCUGCCCACUGGGGCUCAGCAUGGUCGUCCUUCCACUGGGAGCCGUCCGUCUCUCUUCGCCCGAGGAGGGAGGGAGGCGGGCCAGGCAGUGGACAGAACUGGAGGCAGUCCCUCUAGGGAAUGGGACUGCGAGGCCACACUUGUGAAACAUUGGGACUGCUGUUCUGGAGCUUUUAUUUCUGGUGUGUGCGUUGCACAGCUGUUUGAAAUGUUCAAUAAAGCUUUAUAAACUUUA